UAGUAACAUUUGAACAAAAGUUAUAUCGGCCUGGGUUUUAUCUUCUUCUUCUAUCAAAAUUCAGACAAUGGCUUCUUCACUCAUUUCACCACCACCUUCAUUUCUCACAAUCCACUUACCCAAAACGCGCUUUUCCAAUAAUCACUUCCUUCAACUUCCACAAAGAACCUUCAAAUUCCAACAACACAAACGAAAAACAAUACAAUGCAGAAUUCAAACCUUAAACCCUACGCAACCACCACCCUCACCAGCCUUAACCAAAGAACCUCACAAAUUCUUCGACCAAGUAAUCAUCACCGUUCGUGGAGGAGACGGUGGUCACGGAGCAAUACUAAACCAAAAACCCAAAAAGGAAAUUGAAAAACCAAAAUCAAAAACGAAAAAAGCGAUUAUUGAUAAUAGUCAUAAGAAAAGCGCGUUGAAGAGAGAUUUUGAUGGGUCUUUGAUACUACCAAUGGGUGGUCAUGGUGGUGAUGUGAUUCUUUAUGCUGAUGAAGGAAAAGAUACAUUGUUGGAGUUUCAUAGUAAGAGUCGGUUUAAUGCGAAACGUGGUGGGAAUGUUGAUGCUGUUGGUGUUUUUACUUCUUACUUGAGGAAUGGAAUUUCCGCUCCUACCGUUCGUAUUCCUGUUCCUCUAGGCACAGUUGUGAAAAGCAAACGAGGAAAGAUGUUAGCUGAUUUAGCACGACCCGGUGAUGAAGUUCUUGUUGCGAGGGGCGGACAAGGAGGGAUUAGCUUGUUAGAAAUGCCACGGCACAAUAGGAAAAAAGCGACGAGUUUAACAACUAAUGUGAUGAGAGAUGACUCAGAUAAGGUUUUGGUUCAUGGUCAACCUGGGGAGGAAGUUAAGUUGGAGUUGAUCCUACGAGUUGUAGCCGACGUUGGUUUAAUUGGACUUCCAAAUGCUGGAAAAUCAACGCUUCUGGCAGCCAUUACACUUGCAAAACCCGAUAUUGCAGAUUAUCCUUUUACAACACUAAUGCCAAAUCUUGGACGCCUUGAUGGUGAUCCCAACUUGGGAGCAGGGAUGUAUUCGUCUGAAGCUACAUUGGCAGAUUUGCCUGGUCUUAUAGAAGGUGCUCACUUGGGAAAGGGUCUUGGUCGCAAUUUUUUGAGGCAUCUAAGGAGGACCCGGCUACUGGUCCAUGUUGUUGAUGCAUCUACUGAAAACCCUGUAAAUGACUACAGAACUGUCAGAGAAGAGUUGCGCAUGUAUAAUCCCGAGUACCUUGAACGACCAUACAUUGUUGUUUUGAAUAAGAUUGACCUGCCAGAGGUUGAGGACAGGCUUCCAACAUUGACUCAAGAAAUUAUGAGAAUUGGCAGUAAUGGUGCAGCUUCUGAACCAAAACCAAGCUCUGAAGUUUCGGCUCAAUUAUUGUCUGAAGAAAGUGACCCAAAGGAAAAGAAACUUGAGGACUAUCCACGACCUCACUCUGUUAUUGGAGUUAGUGUUCUAAAGCGUAUCAGGGUUAGCGAGAUGUUAAAGGAGAUAAGGGCCGCUUUAAGGCAGUGCGUUGAUUCCAAGGAACCGUUGGUUUCUAGUGUGCCACGGUGAGAUUUGCGUCCUAACUUUGUCAAACACUUGCAGUUCAAUGGCGCUUUCGGCAAAGACUACUCAUAAUUUGGUUCGGGUGUUAAUUUGACAUUAUCAGAGAACAAAAAUUAAAAGAAUUAACUCUUGGUUUUAUUGAUACUAAUGUGAUGUCAGACGUUGGAAGUAUUAUCAAGUGAUAGUCCAAUCCUGGACCUUAGAUUUUCUUACGAGCAAGAUUGACAAUUUAACAUGUAAAUAUAUCCGUUGUUGUAAAUUGUAUCAAUCAAUUGUUGCAAUGUUAAUAUUAUUGAUAUUGAUAUAUUCUUAGGACAAAGAAACAUUGUACUCCAUUGAAUAUUGAAUUUUGCACACUCAGGCCAUUGUUAA